AUCAGAGUUCUGGUCUCAUCAAGGACUCUGGCCUCAGUUGUCCACUUCUCUGUUUCUUUCCUCGUGGGCUCAGCUCAGUCUGUCGCUUUCUUGCCUCUGUAUUCUAUUAUGAGUCGGUAACGAUACGGAUGUUCACGCCCACAUGUUGUAGAAACAGAGUCCCAUGGACAUGACUGUCUCUCUGUGUCACCCUUCAUUAUACAUGCCUUAUAUGACCCACUGGCCUACUAUGCCUGCUUGCGAUUAACACUCAAAUGGUCUUGGAAUAACACACGUGUCCAUAUCAACAGGCUUUCUUUAUCUCUUUAUGUACUUCUUCCAUUAGUUUGAGGUAAAAAGGGAUUAUGAAUCAUAAAGUAAUGCACCUGUCUGAGUCUGGAAACACGCCAGAGGACUAUUGGGUUGUUUUACACAGUAUGUAUGCGUUUCAAGAUCAAGGAGGGGAAAAGGGUUUCGAUUAUUUGAUAUUGUGAGAGGGUCGAUUCACUCGCAGUCUGACUUGAGCUAAAAAAAAUCUGAAAUUUAGACAUAUUUGGAAGAUGAGGAACAGACUAUUAUUAAAAUCCCUAAACAGCCAGUGACAGUCACACAACAUAUCAACAACAAAAUCAGGUCUAACAUGAGUUUUCACGUUUUCAAGUAUUUUGUUUCUGUAUUCUAUUUGAAACCACUUUGACAUGAAUUGUAUUAAAUCUUCUUCUUUGUUUUCUUUUUCAACCACUGCUUGCUAACCGAGAGACGCAAAGUCUGCAUCCUUUUAAGGGGCGUACAAUACACUGACUAUUACCUCUAAAGAGAAUCAUGUUCAGUGCAUCACUACUUAUAACUUCACACUGUGACCUCGAGCUGAGGUCUAGCGUUUUGUCAGCUGAAGCUCUGGGCACACUAACAGGAAGUUAGUGAUGGCCUUGUGGCUGUGACAGACUCCAGCACGCUGCGUACAAUGUCUACUUUUAAAGGAGCAACGAUUUGUAUGAUUUGUCAGAUGUGUUUCUGUUCUUUUUGGGGUUUGGUGAGUAAGAAAGUUCAUAAUAAUGAGCUGAUCUCAUGGUGAGAGGUAUGGGAGGGAGAACAUUGUGUGCUCUUUUUCAUCUUCGGGGAUAAGAUGACAUCACUGUACCCACCACUAGCAUGGGGAGGAUUCACAUCUGUAGGUCAGAGCCCCUUCAGGACCUAUUUAACAAUGCCGAGUGUUCUUCAGUAACACGGAAAUCCUUCCAGCUCAGCACUGAUCUGUAAUUGUUCUGCACUCUCAUCUUUAUAAACUCAAGUAUCUUAAAGUAUCUUUUGCUACCGUUAUCAGUCAAGUACGUCAUCAUGUCUUCAUAUUCCACACCAACAACCAGCAGUAACUCACCAAACUACAAUGUCUUAUAAACGCACAUUGUCACAUUGAAAUGCUUUAUGCCAAUUCUGAUCAUUAUGAAUGCCAUUUUUGUUUGCCUGCUUCUAGAUUUUGACAUGAAGAAGGACAUAGAGACAUUGAUAGCAGAGGAACGCACUGACAUCAUCUCUAAAUAUGACAAGGGCAGACAGGAGGGUGUCCGCAUUGACCCAUGGGAGGAUGCGAAUUACAGCCUCUAUAAGGUUACCGACCGCUUCGGCUUCCUGCAUGAGAAAGAGCUGCCGACACCCAGUGCGCUUGAAGAGAAGCAAAAGCAUCAUGAGGUCGAGCGAGUGGAGAAAUGGCUGAAGAUGGUGAAGAAGUGGGACAAGUACAGGAACAGUGAAAAGUUGGUGAAGCGUGUAUAUAAAGGCAUCCCCCUGCAGCUGAGAGGCCAGGCCUGGGCCUUGCUUUUGGACAUAGAAAAAGUCAAACAAGAUAACGUCGGAAAAUAUGAGAGAAUGAAGCUGCAGGCUCGUAACUUCUCCACAGAGAUCAAACAGAUCGACCUGGACGUCAACAGAACCUUCAGGAACCACAUCAUGUUCAUGGACCGCUUUGGAGUCAAGCAGCAGGCCCUGUUCCACGUACUAGCAGCUUACUCUGUCUACAACACGGAGGUGAGCUACUGCCAGGGGAUGAGUCAGAUCGCUGCCAUUUUGCUCAUGUACCUGAAUGAGGAAGAGGCCUUCUGGGCUCUGUCCCAGCUCCUCACCAACAGCAAGCAUGCCAUGCAUGGGUUCUUCAUCCCAGGAUUUCCCAAGCUGUAUCGUUUCCAGGCCCACUAUGAGCUGAUCCUCUCCAAGAUGCUGCCAAAGCUGAAGAAACACCUGGACAAGGAGCAGAUGACAACAGGAAUCUACACCACCAAAUGGUUUUUGCAGUGCUUCAUUGAUAGAACCCCGUUCACCCUCACCCUGCGUUUAUGGGACAUCUACAUGAUGGAGGGAGAGAAGACGCUAACUGCCAUGGCUUAUACAACCCUCAAGUUACACAAGAAGCGCCUGCAGAAGCUUCCAUUGGAGGACCUGAGGGAGUUUCUCCAGGAGCAGGUAGCCGUUUCUUUCUUCCUGCCUGAUGAUGUGGUGGUUGAACAGUUACAGGCCGCUAUGUCUGAACUCCGCAGUAAAAAGCUGGACCAACCUCCUGCAGCCAAGUCAGACGAGCAGCCAAAGAAACCUCUGGGUCAAGAGAGACCAGUUCUCAUUCUGCCUCUGCAGCCUGACUCUCCUCUGGAGGUCAAGGUGAAUCUGCAACCCAAUGCAGAGGCCCAGCAAGCAGACAGCAUCACCCUACACCAGACCCCUUCGCCCGCGGAGCCCCAGGACUCGAGAACUCCUUCUCUGCCUUCACCCGACCCGGUUGUAGUCCACACACAGGGAACACCUUCUCCUUUGAGGCCUUGCAGAGCACCCCCGUUACCUCCAAAAGCACACAAACCCUGCGCUGAGGUCGGACUGGACAGAGAUGUAAAGGAGUCGCUUCCAGAGGUUAGCCAGACCGAAGAUGUCGGAAAACAGGAGGGCCAGCCUGGAGACCCUGAGACCCAGGAAGAGCCGAUGGAUUGGCCUCCACCUUAUCAGCCCCCUGGUUUGGAACCUCUUGAUGUGCUGACGGAGGAGGAGUUGGACCUUCCAGUGCUGCCACCUCCACCUUUCUUUGACACUGCGCAGAAUGACCAAAGGAGUCUGGAUAGUGGAUCACCCUGCCUGGGGACUGGGACGGGCUCAGAGACCCAGCAGUGCUCUCCUUCUCCUCGCUCAGCCUCACCACUGGUCACUCAAAUGAAGCCAUCGCCAAAACCAUGCCCAAAACCAUGCCCAAAACCAUGCCCAAAACCAUGCCCAAAACCAUGCCCAAAACCACCCCCAAAACCACCCACGUCUCUUCAUCUCGCACGGAAAGAAACUCCUCCCCCAAAGCCUCCCUCUCACCGUGCCUUCACCACAUCCUCCUCCUCUCCCAGACUUCCUCCCCCUAAGCCAACCAAGUUCCCGGUCUCUCUCUACGUGCCGGUGCCCACCGGAGACCGACGACCCUCCAACACCUCCCAGUACGACAACCUUUCUGAGGCGGAUGAAGACGACCGCUUCCUGGAGAGGCUGCUGGGCUCCACGCCUGAGGAAAUUCCCAGCAUGCACAGCAUUGCCCCACGCCCCACCGGCAGAGACUAUGACGCUGCUCUCCACCCUCUGCCUCCACCUCCUGUGUUCAUCCCUCCCUUGCCCUCUCCUAUUCCUCCCUCGCUGUGCGGUCUCCCCAGUUUGCCUCAGGAGCCAGAAUAUGAAGGAGAGGACAGCUGGGUGGUGGACUCCAUCAUCCCCCCUCCUCCAGCCAAUUUUGCUGACAGACUCACUCCCUACAAGUGUGGUGCUGCCAGCUGUUCAGACACGCACAGAGCCACCUCACCCGGUUACUCUAAGCCUUUCUCCAGGGGCCCCAGGGACCAUUCUGCUUUCCCAGCACCACUGUUGUACACCGGGUCUCCCCCAGGCCACUCCAGGCCCUCAGCACAGUCGGCAGUAGGAGUGCCCUUGGUCGGAUCCAGCCCAGACUUUUGCAGGAUGCCUCCAGGUGGUCAGCAACUGCCCAAAUCAGUGACCUUUUAAAGUGUCCACGUAUUUUCCAAGCAUCACUGACUACGCCAAUAUGAUUCAAACUGUCUGUUGAUGCUUGAUUAGUUUUCAAAGCCAUUCGAGGUCAAAGGCCAGUAGCCUGUGUGUGUGUGUGUGUGUGUGUGUGUGUGUGUGUGUGUGU